AUGUGCGACAAUGUUGUUGGAUUUCGCAAUAAACUAGCUGAAGUUCUUCGCCGUGAACAUUCUCGAGACUCGCUAUCAGAAGCCUUUCGUGUUCUUUUAAAGGAUCCACUACAUGCCCUUGGCAAACGUGAGCCAAUGCUGAUUGUUGUAGAUGCUUUGGAUGAGAGCAAAACUAACGACAAAUGUGAAUUUUUGGAGUUGAUAUCAGACGAAUUUUCUGAACUUCCACAAUGGAUUAAGAUAUUCAUUUCAACUAGACCAGAGCUGCAAGUACGAAAGAAACUUCAGCAUUUCAAGCCUUUGGAAAUCAGUCCUGAUGACGACAAUCACAAUAUCGACUUGGGACAUUUCAUUCGGCAUUGUUUGCCGAACCUAGGUGAACGUAAUGUAAGUUUGCUAUGUAAGAAGUGUGAGGGUUCGUUUCUGUAUGCUUAUUUCCUCGUGCAUGAGUUAAAAGAAAUGGACUUGGGAAUUGAGCCCAAUCUAAGUGAUUUUGCCCCCAAAGGGAUUUCCGGAUUUUACGAAAAACAGUUUAAACGUUUGAAAACAGGCCUCCAACAUGUUAAGCCGGAUAUCUUUCAGAGUUUUGUGAAUGUUGUUGCUGCAGCACGGGCACCCCUCCCAUUUAAGAUUAUUUUAACAUGCAUGGACGUGACAGAUUAUAAAUAUGAAAUACGUAGAGGGCAAUUAGUGAUAUAAUGUCUGAGAUUCUGCCAGUUUAUAACGAGUGUCUAACGGUUUAUCAUAAGUCGUUAACAGAUUGGCUGACAUUAGACGGGUAUGAGGAGCAUGCAUUUGUAGCAGAUGUUGCUGACGGCACUAGACGUUUAUGGUUCGCUUGUGAAAGCAUAUAUAGUGAUAUAAAUUCGCUUAAGUCUGUGCAUGAUUUUGAAUUUUCUGCCGAACAAAAGUUUGCAUUGCGUAAUGGUGCGGGGUAUUUGGUGAACGAUGGUGACACGCAAGAUUUUCACUGGUUGGUGAACGUUAAGUUGAAUUUCCUCAAGCUGAAAUUUUUUUGCGAUGUUAAUGUUGAUUUUUGCCAAUUUCUUAAGAUUUAUAGGUCGAAACGUUCCGAUCAUCUUUAUUGGGAAAUUUUUCAACAUCAUAAUAUCCUGAAAUCUUUGCUUAAUAACCAUGGUGAUGAGAAAACAAAGUGUCACAUUUAUUUGCAGUCGCUUGCCAACGGGUAUUUCAAUUUUAUGCAAAAUAGCAAUAGUUGUGAAAAUGACGCUAGAGGCAUCCUAGAUAAAACAAAGCUGAUUUGGAUGGAAGAUUAUGCAAAUUCAAAGAAUACCAAAUACAAAAGUAUUUCCAUGAAUGCGGUUUUUGGAAAACGUCUGAAAUGUAUGGCUUCAUCACCAGACUACAAGUUGCUUGCGUGCUUACAUGAACAGAGAAUUGUAGUCUUUCAAUUGCCAUGUCUGACCAUGAUAUUUGAAUUGGAAAUAAAUUGGACGGAAAAUUCUAAGUUUCUCACAUUUGCUCCAGACUCUUCCUACUUCUUACCCAGUUCAGUCAGGUUUUCUAUCUGUAUUAGAGAACAAAAGGAAGUGCCGUUCAUUCCACAUGGUCCUGCAAGUAUUCUUUCUUGCUCAUUUUCCUCGUGUGGAAUGAGACUUGUUACAUCAGAAGACGAUUUUGUUAAAGUGUGGGAUGUAAGAAAAAAAGAUUUAUUAGUAAAAGUUGCAGUUCAAUUUGACCAUCUAUACGACUGUGUAUUUAGUAGCUGUGACACAUACAUUAUUGGACGUGCCAGAUUUCGCUAUCCAUAUUUGUUGAAGUGGCCAAAUUUCGGCACAUUUUCUAUCUGGGAUUCUAAAACAUUGGAAAAGCAAGAUAAUGGCAAUAUUUGUGUUGACGCUUGCCUGACGAAUGACAAUAUUCAAAUUGUUUCACUGCCAUUCUCAUUUUCUGCGCAUUCCAAUAUUGGUAUUGAAACUCGUCAUCUACACUUGCCAAACGGUGAAAUGGUUCUAAUAACGAAUAAACAAUGUUCAGAACCAUUUACUUGGAAUGGCAGAAAGUGUGUGCUCUUAUCAUCUUCUCUCCCAUUUGUAGUGUACGAUGUUAUAAAACAGGAAGUUGUUGACACGUUUCGGAUUGAUUGUUUACCAUGUGGUACUCGUAUUAUGUGGGUGUCAAAAUUAGAUGGGACAGAUUUCCUUAUUUGCUUUAAUAAUAAUGAACUAAUUCUUUUAUCAUUUGAAAGUAAUCAUACAACAGAGUUUCUCGUUCAUCCUUUCGUCAGCAAUGCGGAUAUUAUAUGCCAUACGUUAUCUGCAGACAAUUUGUAUAUAGCAUACUGUUACGAAAAAUGUAUUGUGAUCAGAAGUGUCGAUGGAAACUUAAUACAAUUUGUUGGACUAAAUCAACCACCGGUUGCUUGCUGGUGGUCAGAAUUGUAUUUGUGGAUAGUUAGUGGUGGAGGUGUAGUCGUAAAAUAUCCUUGUGAUUCUACUUGCAGAAUAGUCUUAGGAAAUAAUGAAGAGGAAUGUACUAUAAAGUUCGAUUCUGUACUUAAAUUUGCAGAAGGUGUUCUUGUCAUUAAACUUAAAGACGAAAUUUCUAUCUUGAAAAUUUGUGACAACAAGCUUUGCUUUCAGGAAAUACCUGAUCAUCAUUUUUGUGCCAGAUAUGUAGCAAUAAGUACAGAUGGGUGUGCUGUUCUGUUAUAUGAGCCUGGUUUUUUGUCAUCUGGAGUGUCUCAAGUAUGGGAAAUAGCGUGUGAGAACAAGUGGAAAUUAAUCUCAUCGAAAGAGUUUAUUUUUGAUGAGGAUGAUGGGUAUUGGGAUUAUGUCGGGAACAGCUGGCUCUUUUUAGCUGGCACACGAAACUCUCGACGUUCUGUGUGGCUCGCGUAUGCCAAAGAUCUCUUUCUCCCCCCCUGCGAUAAUGACAACAGCCUUUGUUUAUCUUUCAUUGACAUCUCCAGUGAAACGCAGACCUCACGUGAACUUUCCAUAGAUUGCGUGAGUGGAAUUGUUUAUUUGCCCCCUGACUUCCUAAUUAUUCAUGAGCAUGUGUGGAUGCAUCUUGUCAACGUGUCAGAAGGUAAAAUCAUUGCUAAAUUGUAUUUAGGCAAACAGGAUAUAUAUCAGACAGAGAUUCUCUCCUAUUUCGCCUCACGAGACGCACUUCUCUUUCUUCUGGAGAAUGAUAUAAAGUAUUUCAAAAUUCAUAACUUUGAAAAUUGUCUUAAACCAUCUAGUUCAAAAUUGAAGUGA